GGACCAAAGCAGAAAAGAAAAAUCAUCCCCAGGGCUGGGUCCUGUCAUUCCUCUGCAGCAUGCAUCCCAUCAGGCUCCAGAGCUGCAUCCCAGAAAUGCGCGAGUAUGGAAAAGGGCUUGCACCUCAGAGCCUGGCCCAGCCGCAGGCUUCACCCCUGCCGGGGACAUGGAGCUUGUGAUCCCCAGGCUGAGGAAGAGAAAGGACCUACUCCAGGCUUCCAUUUCCUGGCUGAAGUUUCUCUUGUGGGGGUUAGCGUCUGCAUCCCAGGGCGAUGAGGUUAGAGGCCCAGCCACUGGGGGAGUGGUAGUGUUCAGAUAGGUCUGUGCCUUUGUGCCUGCCACCUGAGGACACUCGUCCGCUCUCCGACUGCCAUGGACAACGGGUCAUGCUGUCUCAUCGAAGGGGACCCCAUCUCCCAGGUGAUGCCACCGCUACUCAUCCUGGCCUUCGUGCUUGGUGCCCUGGGCAACGGGAUAGCGCUGUGUGGUUUCUGCUUUCACAUGAAGACCUGGAAGCCAAGCACUAUUUACCUUUUCAACUUGGCCGUGGCUGAUUUUCUCCUCAUGAUCAGCCUGCCCUUACGGACAGACUAUUACCUCAGACACAGACACUGGAUUUUUGGGGAUAUUCCCUGUCGCCUGGUCCUCUUCAUGCUGGCCAUGAAUAGGGCCGGGAGCAUCGUCUUCCUCACCGUGGUGGCUGCGGACAGGUAUUUCAAAGUGGUCCACCCCCACCAUACGAUGAAUGCCAUCUCCAGUCGGACGGCAGCGGCCACGGCCUGCGCGCUCUGGACCUUGGUCAUCCUGGGGACUGUGUAUCUUCUCAUGGAGAGUCACCUGUGUGCACAGGAGACAGUGCCGUCUUGCGAGAGCUUCAUCAUGGAGUCAGCCAAUGGAUGGCAUGACAUCAUGUUCCAGCUGGAGUUCUUCCUGCCGCUAGCCGUCAUCUUGUUUUGCUCCUUCAAAGUCGUUUGGAGCCUGAGACAGAGGCAGCAGCUGGCCGGACAGGCUCGAAUAAAGAGGGCCACCCGGUUCAUCAUGGUGGUGGCUGCCGUGUUCAUCACGUGUUACCUGCCCAGCGUGUUGGCCAGGCUCUACUUCCUCUGGACGGUGCCCUCGAGCGCCUGUGACCCCUCUGUCCACACAGCCCUCCACGUCACCCUCAGCUUCACCUACCUGAACAGCAUGUUGGAUCCGCUCGUCUAUUACUGCUCAAGCCCCUCAUUCUCCAAAUUCUACACCAAGCUCAAAAUCUGCAGUCUGAGACCCAAACGCCCAGGACGCUCAAAGACACAGAGGUCAGAAGAGAUGCCAAUUUCCACCCUCUGUCGUAAGUGUUCCAUCCAUGGGGCAAAUAGCUCCCCAAAGGCCAUGAGACGGACAGUGGGAUCUCCAAGUGUGCUGAAUGGCACUAACACAAACAGCCUAACAGCAAGGCGGAAGGAUGGGCAGCUGUGAGUUAAAUGGAGGGGGGCGGGGGACGACUUCAAAAAUGUCACCAUCCUGUCUCAGCUGUGUCUUUCUCUCACUGAGAUGGAAAAGAAAUCCACAUCAUUCAACCCUUGCUAGGAGGGCCCAGGUGUUUGAAGUGAGUUGGUUGUGUUCAAGGACUCUGAUUGCUGUGGUGAGGGGAUGGUGUGUGUGUGUGUGUGUGUGUGUGUGUGUGUGUGUGUGUGUAGGAAAAAGUGUUGAGUUAGGGACUGCUCAGAGCCUGUGUCACUUUACAUGGCUGAGAAAAUAGGUCUGAGUGUUGCUGGGUCUUGUUCUUGCUCUGAGAUCUGAGAGAGUUAACGAACUUGAUAACAUGUCAGUAUUUCCUGGACUGGAAAAAAAUAGAAACUGGACUGAGUCAAUACACUUAUUUCCGGCUGAGCAGACUCUUGACAUCAGGAUGCUUGGUUCUGGCCAGGUUUUCGUCCCCCUGGGGAGCCAGCAUACCUUUUCCUUAUCCGUGUUUGGACUUCCAGGAGGAGAGCAAAAUAAAUCUAUUCCAACCUUCCAGCUCCGCAUUUUUCUGAUUUUAGGUAGUUUGGUUUUGCUUUGUUUGCAUUCCAAAGAUGCUGGGGACACGUCUAACUGCUCUAGUUUCUCCAGAGGAAGCUGAGAGCCUGGGCCCUGAAGCCAGGAGUCCUUAUUGGGAUGUGCCAGUUCAAGCAUGGUUGUUUCUAACUGCUUGUGUGUGAGUUGAAAUCAUUCGCCGGGUGGUGGUAGUGCCUGUCUUUAAUCCCAGCACU